AUGCGUGCCCCUAGCGUUUAUAUGCUAUUGACCACGACGGCACUACUAGUGACUCGCUGUACUUCUUCACCACCACAGCCAUUGAUUACGCCGUCCGAUGAGGAGCUCAAGCCUACCACGAAGAGAAAUGCGACAGAGAUCAUUGUGCGAGCUCCUUCUGCCAAAAGUUACGAAAACUCAAUUGAGUCACGAAGUGGUAAAACACCACUCCUUGGUGGUAUUGGACAUAGUACGCAGCUUCAAAUGGAGGCAACGCAAGCUAUGAAGAGGUUUUCACAGAUGCUGCAUACGAAGUUCCUACAAGACAGUCAACACUUAGUACGGGAUGGAAAAAUGGAGAUUUUGUCGGCUUCAACUGCUUCGCACGACCAGCUUUUGUCGAAGCAGGCAGCUAAUGACGUGUUAAAGUUUGUAAAAAAACACAAUAAGAACUUAAAGGGCAAAAAUAUCAUAAAUCUAGCUGCAGUGUUGGAUUGUCUCGAUAAACUCGACAUUUUGCGCUUGGUGAAUUUGAUAAACAACCACAAUCGACCAUUAAUCUCCGCAGAGAAGAUGAAUUUGGUUGCAUUACUAAAAUGUGCUUACGGCGAUGUAAAUUUUCAAGAGUUAUUCCGACAAAUUAUGCUUGAGACCGAAAAGAGCAGUCCAUAUCAGAACGAGUUGAAGGUCGUUGUGUCUCAACUAGUCGCGGAUUCCCAUCAGUCGGCAAUUAGUGAACAGAUGGAGCUUCUUAGACGUGACGAGAAUAAGCCGCAAGAACUAUCGCUGACCGAGGCAUUGGCUUCGUUUUCAUUACACAAAAUACAAGAGCAAGUUACUAAAUGGAAAAAUCAGGGCGACCUCGCAAACGACAUGGUCGAAAAGCUGUCAAAUAAACCUCAAGAAGAAGCAAUUCGAGAUGGUUCGCUACUUAAGGCUUUCUUUGCGUAUUUCAACUUGUGGAACGUCAAGUUAUUUCCUAAGCAAUUGAAUUUUUUUAAGUCCUUGCAGACUCAGUUCGAUGACUUUGUUGCAGCCAGGUUGAUCAUCUCAGGCAAAUAUGGUAGCGAUACCAAUUUGGCAAGUAUUUGCGCGACUUUGGAGAACAUGCAUGCCAGUGACAUGGCGGAAAGGCAACUGACACCAGACAAAACCUUGGAAAUAUUCGAGUUAGACAACCAAGAUAGUUUUCCUUUAGAAAUACUAGCGUACUGGAGUCGUUCUGUGGAGUAUUUUCAGCAAAAGUUCACGGCAGGGCCAGCGUAUUCUUUCUUGGCUCAACAGUACACAGACCAAUUCAAGCUUGCAAAGAUGCUUGAUGCGUACUCGGCUACUUAUGAAAUUGAACAGACCUUGGUGAGACUCCGAAAGGAUCAAGCUAAGAUUUGGUGUGACAAUGGUGAGAAUAAAAAGAGUAUUUAUAGGUUGUUGCACUUCAACAUCAAGCAUCCGGAUUUGUUUGAACUGCCGAUAAAGUCGUGGCUAGCGUUUUUGGAGGAAUCUAGUCACCGUCAACCAAAUUACAUAUAUUCUUUGCUCCGAUCUCUCAAGAAAGACUAUACUGAAAAGGAGCUGGCUAAGUUCAUCACAAAUGGAAUAAAAGAUUCAGAAACAAGGACAGUCAUAGUCGCGACGAUACUGAAAGACGAACUACUUCGACUUUGGUUUAAUGACUUGAAGACACCGGAUAAGAUCGCUGAAGAUUUCGGUGAAUAUGCGUUGCUGUGUGAUCACUACAAAAUGUUUCACCGCAGAGUGGGUCAUGAUGAAACAAUAGCUAUUGGUAGGUUAUGGCCUUCCGCUUCAUCGUUCAUCAAUCGUUUUAAUCUUUCUAAACUGGAUCUGGAAACUUACAUGAAGGACGGCUCGCUGCUUCGAUUUUAUGCCGAGUUCGUAAACGAAGUUAACGAGAGCAUCCGUGUAGAACCAUUGGAUUUAUUUGCGCUACUCUUCGCUCGCUAUGGUCGGUCUAGCGUGGCCGAUAUUCUUAGCGGUAGCGAAAUGACUUUACGCACGAGUGAGGAGACACUUGGUCGCACCAUCACACGCGCUCAGAACAGGCAAAUCAGAUUUUGGAUUGAGAAGGAGACGAAUCCGAGCGAUGUAGUUAAAGAGAUCAAACUCAACGACGAAAAGGAGUUCACCCCCUCGAGACUGAAGUUUUUGCUGAUGUAUGUAGAUAUGAACAAUAACAUGUAUGGCCGAAACUCAGUCACGCCAUACUCCCUCUUGAAGAUGUAUCACCACCCACUCACUCUCGAACGUCUGUUUUCUGGGCUACCAGAAAGCACAGAGUUGAAAGAACUUGGAAAGCAGAUUGAAGAAGGUGUGGUAUAUCACUUCGAACACCCGAAUGUGUCACCAAAUGAAUUGUUUCUACAGUUACCCUCCAACUUCAAAGUAAAGAAAGUGCUUGACCAGACAACAAAGUUGUGGGUGGAGAGUGGGAAAAAGUACCUUAGCACUCACCCCGGCGCCACAUUUGAGCCGAUCAGGACAUUGAACACAGUGCACAAUUACGAUACUUUGAUCGACAUGAUUGCCAUGGCAGCGAAGGACGAAAAUCUGAAGAGCGUUGCUUUGUUUCUAAAGCGGGAUCUGUGGUCGAAGUGGGCAAACGAUGGGCAGCGAAAGAACUCACCUUACAAAUUUACUUCAAAGAACGCUGAUACCAUGGUAGAGGAGUAUGAAAAAUGGUUAAACGAGAUCAAAUUGUCUAUGAAAGACAAUUUUCCUGUCCACGUUUCCUGGGAAUUCAAUAACGAAUUUGCAAGGGGUGAACUUUCCGACAUCGCGUUGGCUAACAACGUUAUAUUUUCUAAUAUUGUCACCAAGAUUGACGCUCUCAACAAAGAUCAUCUUGGAGAGCCGUUAAACUUAUUUGCGAUAUUAAAGUUGCACUUUAACCGCAGGUCUAUAUUCAGACUGGCUCAUCCGCCCAACACGAAGAAUGUGAGAAAAAAUGUGAGAGAUGCAACAAUGCAACUCAAGACAGAUCAGAUGAAAUUUUGGCUUAAUGUUGGUGUGGAUCCGGCUGAGCUUCUCGUUGAUUUGGCCCUUAGUCUUGACACGAAGGAACCUGCUACUUUAGUUCGUUUCAGAACGUUUGUGGAGUUUUCGAUCGAAUAUCAUACAAAAAUCAAACCUGCGACCAGCACGAUGGGGAUUUUAAGAGAUCGUUACGGCGAUACCCUUACUAAUUUUUUGAGUCAAGCAACCCAAUCGAGCAAACCAACAUGGAUAUGGAAAGACGCCUCCGGCACAAAGAUAGAUGUUUUUCGCAUUGUCUCGGACGAAAACAAACAAUCUCUGCAUUAUGCUUGGAUGAAGUACAUAUUUGUAAGGAUCAUGGAUAGCUCACUGCAAGAAUUGGAGGUUGACAGCAACAUCAUUGGCAAAAUGAGAAUUAAACUUUCGGAUGAAGUACUCGUCUGGUUGAUAAAAAUUAUAUAUCAGCAAUCUCAUAGUACAGCAGAGAAGACUGAAAUUGCUUUGGUCAAAGCAUGGUGCGAUGCUAAAUUUGACGAAAGCACAGUCAAAGUUUUAAUGAACGGACCCUACGAUCCUUUUCAAUGGACUGAGUUUAAGCUGUUCGAUGAAUUUAAAAAAGCUAAGGUCGCGGAGAUGAACAUUAAGAAGUAG